GAAGGAGGAGUCUCUGAAACCUAUUUAAAUCAGUCUGUCCUGACUCAGCUCAGCAGUCUCCAGUCUACCAACUGGUCUCUGUAAUAACUAUUUAAAUCAGUCUGUCCUGACUCAGCUCAGCAGUCUCCAGUCUACCAACUGGUCUCUGUAACUUCAUCUUUGUCUCUGUGGUGUACAGUCUUCAGGUGAUGAUGGGGGUAUUGAGUCAUCUCUCUACUCUCCUCCUCCUCCUCUCUCUCCUUCCUCCUGCUCUCUCUCAUGUAGUAGAGAGUUUCAGUGAUGUUACAGACUGUGAGACGUUCUUCCUGAAGAAGACAACUCCAAAUCUCCCAGGUAUUUUGGUUGGUGGGACAGUCCAGAACCAGAACCGCUACAAGCCGAUUUGCCAGAAGUACAAGAAAACCUACAGGUUUGCAACUCUCUACGACAUGAUCAACAGGAUCCCUGUGUUCUCAGCCUACACCUUCAGUGGUAAGGCAGUUGGUAGACCAAGUCAGUCCUGGAUGAUCGAGCCCCAGCUUGAAAAUAUAAAGUACCAAAGUGACAUGAAGGUGGAUAAUAAAGCUGUCAAAAACCAGGCUGUGGAUACAGACUACAAAAAUAACAACCUGGGUCUGGACAGAGGUCACCUGUUCCCGUGUUCGUACGCACCUAAUGAUGAUACCAAGAGGUCCACUUUCACCCUGACGAACGCCGUUCCCCAGGCAAGUUCCUUCAACCGAGGCAGCUGGAAGACAAUGGAGUGCAGAGUCAGAAAAGCUCUUGAGCUUAACUGUAAGGAUUACAACAACAACAAUAUAAAAGCCUAUGUGGUGACUGGAGCAGUGCCCAGCAGCAGCAACACACUGAACAACAGAGUGAACAUCCCAGAUCUCAUGUGGACAGCCUACUGCUGUUACAACAGCAACCUGGGACAGUGGGUGGCCCAAGCACACUGGGGUGAGAACCAACAGGAGGACAAGGGGAAAACAUUGAAACCGGAGACCUUGGGAGCACUCGAAAAGGAGUUGAACAAAAUCUACAAUGACGGAGUCAAGGUGUUUCACGAUGAUUGUCCAAGAAACGUUAAUGUAUUAGAGGACGAGAGAGGGAGGAACUUAGAGGCUGUAGAAGAGGUUGAGCUGGGGAAAAAGAGGGUCAGGGAAGGGAGUGGAGAGGGGAACGGAGAGGGGAACAUAAAGAUGGCGAGAGCAUCAGAGGAGUUAAAGGAUUGUGAUGACGAGGAUGGAUGUGAUUGUGACUGUGAUGAAAAGUGAUGAGUUUUGUCCAGUGGUAAUUCCCACAACUAUUAAGUACACAUUCCCUAAGUUAUAAGGGUUAUAAGGGUUUAAUGGCUAUAAGGGUUAUAAUGGUUUAAUGGUUAUAAGGGUUAUAAUGGUUUAAUGAUUAUAAGGGUUAUAAUGGUUUAAUGGUUAUAAGGGUUAUAAUGGUUUAAUGGUUAUAAGGGUUAUAAGGGUUUAAUGGCAAAAAUAUCGGACCCCUCCCUCAAUGACCGGUCCAGUUCCAGGGCCACAUUCAUGGACUCUAAGGCCAUCUGUUGACUGGGGGAUAAAAGAAGAAAUUGCCACAACAGCAGGUGACCAGCAGAGGGAGCCAAAGGCAUGUGAAAUACAAGUACUGAGAAUUAAACAAGAACCAACCUAUAGGAAGACUGAAGAGGCGUGUUACCAAGACGACGCCCCAACGGAAGAAUACCUAUGGGCAUCAGUGCUAGAGGACCUAACUUUGGACUAAGUGCUACCAUACGUAUGCAAUGGCACUCUGUGUUGAGAUAGAUUGCACUCCCGAACAUCUUUCCCCAAACUGAGUGUCUAGAAGAGGUAUAAAAGGAGGAGAGAUCAGUGCCUAGGCAUGAUCCUCUACCCAUGUGAUUUGGACAUCAUAGAGAAUCAUCAGACCAGGUAAAUUACUUUUACUAUACUCUGUUUGUAUUGACUACUUUGAUCUCAAGGCGCGAGCAUACUAUAGACUGGUAUUUCUUAAAGAAUUGUGUUCUACUACGCAUCUCGAUAAAAAGAAUAAGUGAACAAGAUUGUGCACGAGAGAACUUCGCCCCUCAACAAUGCGAGGUGUGCAGAACUCUUGAAAGCAACAAUGUUCCAUCUUUGGUGCGUCAGUAAUGGACAGUUCGGCAAGAGUGAAAAAGCCCAGGAAUAGUUAAAGCCUCGUAGUAGCCAAAAGGUCGAUAA